GCGUGUCCCAUCUGUGGUAUUGGUGAUUACGACAUGAUUCGAGGCGAAUGCGUCGAUGGACAACAAACCAUUCACUACAUUCCUGACAAAUUGGAGUACAAAUACACUCGACUGAUUGAAUCCCGUAAUGGUGAGCUACCAGCUGCAGAAACUUGUGGCUUGGAAGACGAUGAGGAAGACGAGGCUGCUGACCGAGUCAUAUUUGCAAAAGGCAAGAGGAAGAUCUUUGGUGGUCGAGACACUGAAGCGUUUGUUCCUUUGGAGAAUGAAGAUUGA